AUGAGUCGAACGACAGGAUCGUACCCUUCCCCCCUGUCCGCAAGCACCGACCGUGGUGUCCGAUCUCAUCACCCGUCUUCUGAUCCACCGGCUCCAACGAAGCAAUCACCGGAAGUCGUUCAGCAUGGGUAUCCAGUUGCCGGCCCCUCUCGCCGAUCUCGUCUGGUGCCCGCUAGUCCGCCCCCAGACAUAGACGACCUCGACAUCGAGGAAGCCGAGGGAGAUGUGACAGAUGUUGAGGAGCUGGUCCCCCCUUCCUCUCCUCCCUUGCCGAAGAGCGCUCCCGCGCCUCGGACUCCCCGUCGACUUGCCCCACAGCCAAGUGUCGAGGCCCAGGCCGAGGAAGCCAUGCAGGGGGUCGAUCUCGACGCCAUCUGGUCUCCUUCUCCAUCACCCUCUCGAUCUCCGCCUCCCCCGUCAGAGUUUCUCGGCCGACCUGCUAGGAACCUGGUCUCAGCCCCAACCUCGACGUCGAGAGCCAGCGAUCCCACCGCAGGCGUCUCUGAUGCUGGCGCUCUAACGCCCCGGGUACAUCAGAUCGAGAAACAGUACGCGUGGAGUAAGGAGGUGAACCAGAAGCUCCGACAAGUCUUCAUGUUGCCCAACUUCCGGACCCACCAGAAGGAGGCAAUCGACGAGACCAUGGCAGGAAGAGAUGACCAGCUUCCUGCCAUCUGUUCUCAAGGGAAGACGAGAGGUGUGACGUUUGUUGUGUCUCCAUUGAUCUCCCUCAUCAACGACCAGACACGCCACCUCAUCAAGCGCAACAUCCCCGCCAUUGCGUAUACCGGAGAUCUCACGCAGGCGGACAAGAACAUUGCGCAUGCGGAACUGGAUCGCCCGGUUCCUUAUACCAAAGUCGUGUACGUGACGCCUGAGAUGCUGUCCAUGGGUAGCAGGAUCCAGGGCAUUCUGCGAGGAUUGGAACAGAGGAAGCAGCUUGCGCGGUUCGUCAUCGAUGAGGCGCACUGCGUUAGUGGAUGGGGUCAUGAUUUGCGGGACCUGCGAAAGGACUAUCCCGGUAUCCCGAUCAUGGCCCUCACUGCUACAGCUCCUGAGAAGGUGCAGGACGACAUCAUUCGCGUGCUUGGUAUCAGGGGCUGCACAGUACUGAAACAGUCUUUCAAUCGGCCCAACUUGCACUACGAAGUGAGGCCGAAGCAGAAGAAUGUCCUUGAGAAGAUAGUAAAUUUCAUCAAGACUCAAACCCAGGGAGUCAGCGGCAUCGUCUACUGCUCGUCCCGAGAGAAGUGCGAGAUCAUCGCCAAGGAGCUGCGCGAUAAGGAUAUCCGAGCCUGGCAUUACCAUGCUGGUAUGACGAAAGGCGACCGUCGCAAGAUCCAGGAGGGAUGGCAGGAGCACAAGUUUGAAGUCAUUGUGGCCACGAUCGCUUUCGGGAUGGGUAUCGACAAGCCCGAUGUACGAUACGUCAUCCAUCACAGUUUGCCGCGUUCUCUCGAGGGUUACUACCAGGAGACCGGCCGAGCGGGCCGCGAUGGAAAGAACUCGACCUGCAUCCUGUACUACACGUAUGCGGACUCGAAGACGGUGCUGAACUUGAUCAACAAUGACCAGAACUUGUCGCGACCACAGAAGGAACGCCAAACGGAUGCUUUGAAGGAGGUGCUGCGAUUCUGUCACAACAAAACCGACUGUCGACGAACGCAAAUCCUCGCUUUCUUUAACGAAAGCUUCAACGCGGCUAACUGCAAUCAAGGGUGCGACGUGUGCAUGGACCGUGAAAAGAAUAACAUCGUCGUCGAAGAUGUUUCUGCCGAUGCCAGAGCCGUCGUCGAGAUGAUGAAGGCGUUCAGCAGUAGCGAUAGGAUAACAAUCAUCAACGCUGCGGACUGCUACCGCGGUGCCAAGGGGACUGCGGGCAAAGAUCUGGACCGGAACCCUCACCAUGGAGCUGGGCAGCAUUGGGGUCGCGGCGACGCCGAGCGUCUCAUCCAGAAUCUUGUCAUUGAAGGCUGCCUCAAGGAAUACAUUAUAGCCAACCGGAACGGCUGGAGCAGCGCUUAUGUCACGCUUGGACCCCACGCUCAAGACUUCGUGAACGGUCGCCGAAAGUUGAUGAUGGACUUCAGUCAGCCAGCGGCGCUCAAGGCGAAGAAGGCAGCAAAGGCUUCUGCUGGUACUGCCACUGGUACCACAGGUCAAGCUCGGGUCGUGCCUCUGGCCCAGCUGAAACAGUCCAAGCAGCCCGUCUCCAACCCACUCAGCCGGAAACGUUCCCGGCAACAGAUCAUAGAAGAGGAACAGGCUUUUGACGAUUCAGCGUGGCCCAGCGACGACGACUACAGCCCGGGGGAAGAGCCCGCGGUCUCCGGUGCUACCGUCGCAGGGACGAGUACGAAGAAGCGGAAAUCCACUGGCAACGAUGGGUCCACUGGCAACGAUGGGCCCCCUGAUCUAGAGCAACAGUGCUUCUCUGAGCUGCAGGCCCUCAAGAGCAAGCUUCCCUGUCUUCGUUUGCAGUCGACUUACGCGUCCCAGCACGGCUUCCCGCUUUCCGACGAACUCCUCCAGAUGCUUGCAGCGAUUAUGCCUACCAACAUGCCAGCGCUCCGACAGGUCGAAGGCUUGCCCGCGGGCUUGCUCAAGGUAAGGUUCGAACAUCCGCUGCACUGCAUGCGGACCCACCCCCGGCAUAUGGGAUGUUGGGCUGCAAGCGGGAGCGGUACUGAGCGUGAAUGCGAGGCUUACGCACAUCACCAGGACUACGGAACAAUGAUUCUCGGGAUCACCGUCAAAUAUCACGAGCAGCGUAGCGGAUCCAAACAGUGA